AUGGAAUAUAAAAAACCUCUUAUUGACACAGACGAACAAGAAGAUAUAGAGUUGGCUGCAAAACGAGCGACUGCAUAUGAUGCAUCACCAGAAUACAAAGUAAGUGGUAUUGUGUUUAGAGGUGCUGGCUCACUAGCGGCACUACAUUAUCUUAAUACAACGCUAGCACCUGUAGUUCUGCUUUAUAUGAGUUUUAGACAGAAAACUAGAUGUCUUAUGUGCAUGAGUUUAUUAGAAAAAGUUACAAAUGCAACAGCUAUUUUAGAAAGAUCAAGAGAACGGUUAAUUCUAUGGAUAUCGGAAUCAGAGAAUAAAAACAAUAUUAGACGAUCUACCCGUCAAGAAACAGGAUCCCUAAUAACUAUCAUUAGUAUUACAAUAUGGGCUAUUUUCAUCAAAAAGUCCGAAACAACAAUUAAUACAACUACAGCUAAAAUUGAUAUAUCGACAACAGGAACAACAAUGAUUACAGCGUCAACAACAAAAACAACAAUGCUUACAAUGUUGACUAACUCUUACACAACAACAAAGAAUGUAUCAAAACUCAAUAAAUGGAAACAAAAUGCCAUCACUGUGGCUGGUGGAAAUGGAUACGGAGAAGAAUUAAAUCAACUCCAAGGCCCUAUUGGAAUCUUUAUUGAUAAAAACAAAAAUAUUUUCAUUGCUGAUACUCGGAAUCAUCGUAUUGUUGAAUGGAAAUAUAAUGCAAAGGAAGGACAAAUUAUUGUAGGUGGAAAUGGGGAAGGAAAUCCAAUGGAUCAACUAGACCGACCAAUAGAUGUGAUUGUUGAUCAACACAAUCAUUCAAUCAUCAUUACCGAUUAUAAGAACAGACGAUUGAUUCAAUGGUUGAAUCAAAAUAAACAAAUUCUCAUUAACAAUAUAGACUGUUAUGGUUUGGCAAUAGAUAAACAUGAAUUUCUCUAUGUUUCUGAUGAUGCAAAGAAUGCAGUGAGACGAUGGAAGAUGGGAGAUUACAACAAUGAAGGAAUUGUAGUGGUAGGUGGAAAUGGAAAAGGAAAUCAACUUAAUCAACUCAAUGAUCCUACUUUUAUCUUUGUUGAUGAAGAUCAAUCUGUUUAUGUAUCAGAUUGGGAGAAUCAUCGUGUGAUGAAAUGGAGAAAAGAUGCGAAAGAAGGAAUAAUUGUGGCUGGAGGAAAUGGUCAAGGAAGAAAUCUCAAUCAAUUGUCUUAUCCUGCAGGAGUAAUUGUUGAUGAUUUGGGUCAAAUCUAUGUGGCAGAUGCAGGGAAUCAUCGAAUAAUGCGUUGGUGUGAAGGAAAAGAGCAAGGUGAAGUAGUUGUUGGUGGAAAUGGUGAAGGAAUUCAAUCAAAUCAGUUACAUAGUCCUCGUAGACUAUCUUUUGAUGGUGAAGGAAAUCUUUAUGUUGUUGAUCGGGGAAAUCAUCGAAUUCAAAAAUUCGAAAUACUCUUCUGA